UACUGUAAGUGGGACCACAAGCACUUUGCAGGACAUCUGCAACAGAAUCUGGACUGAAACACGGGACAAAAGCCUCAACACUUCCAGAGACUCGACCACCAGUUACACAAGCAUGGAAAACAUUCCCAGCAGAGAUCACACCACAAUGAAGAUGGAGCCAGUACUUGCAAGUUCCUCUCCUGUAAACAGUACUGAAAUGGUUGACAGCUUUUAUUCACAGUUUUCUCCAUCUCUCCUGCAUAACACAUCUGACCAGCCAUGCCAAUUCAUUGUGUCAUCCCGGUUCAUUUCCCACUUCAUCCCUGUUAUCCACAGUAUCAUCUUCCUCUUGGGCUUCAUUGAGAACAGCAUGGUAAUCACCGUCCUUUGUCACCGCAUUCAUUUAAAAACUGUUGUUAAUAUCUACAUCAUCAACUUAUCAAUUGUUGAUUUGCUCCUCCUAUCUACACUACCCCUUUGGGCAGUGUAUUAUGCCACUGGGCAAAACUGGCUUUUUGGGGCAGUGAUGUGUAAAAUAUGUAGCUCUCUUGUUUCUCUCAAUCUAUAUUGCAGUGGAUUUUUUGUUAUGUGCAUGAGUAUUGACUGCUAUCUGGUAAUUCUGCAUCCUACUGAUUCCCAGACUAAGAGGUCUUUAUGCCAAGCUCACUGUGUUGCGAUCCUUGUAUGGGUGUUGGCUUUGAUUGCAACCUUUCCAACCAUCUACUUUCAAGGCCCCCUUUAUGCCAAAUGGCUGGAAAGCACAAUAUGCACCAUGAUUUAUCCCUCCAGCAAAGCCAGUCAUUGGUCUCUGGCCAUGUCUUUGAUGGAGAAUACUCUGGGCUUCUUCAUCCCCUUCACUGUUAUAGGUACAUGCUUUGGUGCGUUUGUCUGUCACCUGAUGAGGAUGGAAGUAUCUGAAAAGAACAGCUGCAUUCGCAGUAAGGCACUCUGGAUGGUGGCAGCGGUGGUCCUGGCUUUUUUCAUCUGCUGGUUGCCGUUCCAGGUACUAGUCUUUACGAAUGCAUUGUUGAAGCUGAACUUCUUCUCUGACUGCCAAAUCACUACCAUAAUUGGAACUGCAAUGCCAUUCAGCAUUUGCCUCGGUUUUGCAAACAGCUGCAUCAACCCCCUUAUCUACUGCUUUCUGGGAGAUCACUUUCGAAUGAAACUCAGUGAUAUGACUCGCAGAGGUUCUGCCACUCUCUACAACCGGAGGAGCUCAACAACAUAGAUCAGCCCUUCACAGGGACAGGCCCUUCAGACUGAGCCAACCACGAUGCCCAUGUAACUAACCCCAUCUGCCUGCACAGGGCCUGUACCAACCAUGAUACCCAUCUAACUAACCCCAUCUGCCUGCACAGGGCCUGUACCAACCAUGAUACCCAUCUAACUAACCCCAUCUGUCUGCACAGGGCCUGUACCAACCAUGAUGUCAAUCUAACUAACCCCAUCUGCCUGCACAGGGCCUGUACCAACCAUGAUACCCAUCUAACUAACCCCAUCUGCCUGCACAGGGCCUGUACCAACCAUGAUGCCCAUCUAACUAACCCCAUCUGUCUGCACAGGGCCUGUACCAACCAUGAUACCCAUCUAACUAACCCCAUCUGCCUGCACAGGGCCUGUACCAACCAUGAUACCCAUCUAACUAACCCCAUCUGUCUGCACCUGGUCUCCAUCACUCACCUGUUUAUGUCCCUGUAAAGUCUUCUAAAUGUUGCUUUCAUAUCUACUUCCACCCCGUUCCCUGGCAGUGCAUUCCAGGCAGCUUCCACUCUCUGUGUGAACCUCGCCCAGCUAUCUCUUUUAAACACCUCCCCCCCCCCCUCACCUUGAAGCUAUGCCCUUUAGAAUUUAACAUCUUGACCUUGGGAAAAUAUCUUUAUCCUAUCCCAUCUAUGCCUCUCAUAAUUUUAUAAGCCUAUAUAGGGUCUGUCCUUAGUCUUUGUCCAACCUCUCUAAUCCAGGCAAUAAUCUGGUAAACUUCAUCUGCACCGUUAGAAGGCCUCCCCAUUCUUCCCGUAAUAUGGCAAUCUGUAUCCAGCAUCACUUCCUCUUCUUGCAAGAACAGAGACAAAGUUGUUAUUGGACCUAAUCCUUUGUGAGAGGUUCAUCAUCAUCAUCAUCAUGUGCCAUACCCUCCCAGAGCCUCGUUGACCACCAUAUAACCUGUGAGAGGUUAGACCUAAUGAAACGAAGAUGUCAGCUGUUGAUACCCUACAUAGGUGGCAAAUAGUGUUAAAGCAUGGAGGCACAAGAAACUACCUGUUGGAAUAUGAAGCAACAUCCAAAGUAGCAGGGCAGCCCAGCAGGUCAGGCAGUGUUUAUGGAGGGAAAUGGACAGCCAGUACAGGACAUGUGGACUCAGAGAAUCAAAUUCACAUAAAAUAUCGCUGCAAAGGGGAUCUCUGUUUAUGUAGUGACCUUUGGUUCAAAGCCACUGAGGAAUGAGUUUCAUCUUUGCGAUGAGAAAUUCCAUUGCAGUUUCACAAAUUAAAAGACCAUACUUUUGACUACAAACCGUGAAGUAACCAGCAUCAUCAUAACCCACCAUUUCUGGAGGCCUCUGAGUGCUUUUUCGCAUACAGAACUAUGAAAUAUGGAUAUGGCACAGUAACUCAGCUAGGUGACCCAUCAUGAGGAAAGUCAGGUUGGAUGUGAACUUGGAGACCCAACGUCUCUUAUGCUAGACUGAAGAGAAUGCUAAUAGACAUUUGGAGGAUUAGAGAACUUAUUGACUGCACCCACUCCUCCUCACCAACCAAAAAACAGAUGACAUCAUGCUGAGGAAUGCUCCAUCAUCGUACCUGAACUAGAUUCAACAAUGUUUUCUGCAAUGGACUCCCUAACAAUGGUAUUUUUCUUCAAGAAUGGUCUAUCUAUGCUUUUCUGAGCAUUGCCCAAACCGGUCUUUCACCAUGUAUUCCUCUUGUAGCAUUGACAUCUAAUGUCUGUACCCAAUAUGUGGGUGCAGAACAACCACCAAGCACAAUAAUGUUGGGUAUCACCUUGAUCAAUCAAUUUUUCAAAUUGGUACAGUGGUGCAGUUCAUAAAAAAAUACACUGAGCACUUGCAUUUCUGGCCCAUGAUUUCUGAUUGCUAUUGGGAAUAUAAUACUGUAAUGACAAUAUUCUUCAGAAAGCAAGAAUGAUGACAUUCUGAUGCCUUGUUUGUUGUGACACCUGUUUUCUGGUGCCAUGGCCAUGUUGGAGUCACAGCACUGGACACGUUUCUGUAUGGCGUUCCUCUGUGAAAGGUUUCUAUUGCUUUAUCAGCAUAUAGAUAAUCUUUAGUGAAUAUCAGUCUCCAGGGUGCUAUGUAACACCAUUCUAUUGCUAAGUUGUUUUCUUACAAAUCAUACACAUUGAUAUCUUAUUAGCAAAGGACGUGAUCAAUCAGCACAAGAAUGUAAGGGUAAAUAGUUCGAUUGGUUACAUUUUGCCUCCUUGGAUUGUUCCAAAGUGUUGUGUGGUCAAAGAUUUAUCUCUUAAAAUGAGGUCAUUAUUUUGAAACCACAGAGAGAGCUACUUAUCUCACUGGCAAGACCCAGUUCUUGAAAGGUUCUUGAGUGGUUUCUAAUGGCCUUGAAUCAAAAUCAGAAUGCUUUAUAUAGAUAGUCUUAGACCUGGUAUGCGAGUUAGAUUGUGACUUGUGUGUAAGGAACACUAAUUAUAACAUUUAUUAUGCUUUGACCUUUUGUGUUUACCAUCUAUUGAAAAAAAUACAUUUGGUUUAUACCAUUACAUACACAACUCUUGUUAAUAUUUACUUGCCUGGCUUCUGCUCUGCAACACAAGAUGUUAUGACUUUGCUUGGGUAGAGGAUGUGCUAUCUCGUGACUGGUUCAUGGGAAACAAAUUACAUGUCAGCAAAAGUCUGAUGUUAUUACAAGUAGACUCAAUUAACUCUAGAUACAUGUAGAGUUCUUUUGGAGGUGAGUAAUAAAACUACACAUUAAAUCAGCUAUGUUAAUUGAACAGAAUAAGGAGCCCUCAUCCACUUGGGAUGCCCUUAAGUAGGAAAUUCAACCACCAUUUGAUAAAGUUCUUAUGAGUAGCAAUGUAAUCAUCAGAAGAAAACUGGAUAACCAUUG